CUCCGUGUUCGUCGUUCCUCUUGUUUGUGGGCAGAUUGACGGAGUUCUGUUCCUCGCGCUGACCCAGGGUCAGUGCCGGGGACCGGGUCUGUUCUGUGACGGACACACUUUCAUCAUGAUCGUGUCAGAAUGUGGAACUAAAGCUCACAUCGCUGCGGCUCAAGUCACACUUGUCCCCGUGUGUCGUGGUUGAGCUCCGGUGAUUUUUUCCCCCCGCGGACCUGAACGGAACCGCUGCUCGAACCGAACCGGCACCAUCCGCUGUUCCUCCAUCCGAACCCGGGAACAACCCUGCUCGGCCCCCUCUGCCACGGAGAACCGCUGCCGAGCAUGAGGCGUUUCAAGCCGCCGAUCGAACCCCGGAGACGCCGCUACGAGGGGGGACUUCACCCCGGAACCAGACACCGGUUCUCCCGUCAGAACCACCAGGAGACCCCCCUUGUUGUUAUUGAAGCAGCCGGGCUGCCCUCACCCCUCACCCGGCUCCUGCUGCUGUCAGGGUGCGAAACAAGGGGUCCCUGCAGUUUGAGGACAAGUGGGAUCUGAUGCGUCCCAUCGUUCUCAAGCUGCUCAGACAGGAGGCCGUCACCAAGCAACAGUGGUUCGACUUGUUCUCAGAUGUUCAUGCUGUGUGUCUAUGGGACGAUAAAGGACCGGCCAAGAUCCACCAAGCUCUGAAAGAGGACAUCCUCGACUUCAUCAAACAAGCACAGGCUCGGGUGCUGAGCCACCAGGACGACACGGCACUGCUAAAAGCUUACAUCAUAGAGUGGAGGAAGUUCUUCACCCAGUGCGACAUCCUGCCUAAGCCCUUCUGUCAGUUGGAGAUCACGCUCAUGGGCAAACAGGGCAGCAACAAGAAAGCAAACAUGGAGGACAGCAUCGUACGCAAGCUGAUGCUGGACACGUGGAACGAAUCGAUCUUUUCCAACAUCAAGAGCCGCCUGCAGGACAGCGCCAUGAAGUUAGUACACGCUGAGAGGCUGGGGGAGGCCUUCGACUCCCAGCUGGUUAUAGGAGUACGAGAGUCUUAUGUGAACCUGUGUUCGAACCCAGAGGACAAGCUGCAGAUCUACAGGGACAACUUUGAGAAAGCCUACCUGGACUCCACAGAGAGGUUUUACAGAACACAGGCACCCGCCUACCUGCAACAAAAUGGCGUCCAGAACUACAUGAAAUACGCAGACGCCAAGCUGAGAGAAGAGGAGAAGAGAGCACUUAGAUAUCUAGAGACACGUCGUGAAUGUAACUCUGUUCAAGCACUUAUGGAAUGUUGCGUGAACGCUCUGGUGACCUCGUUCAAAGAGACCAUCUUAGCUGAAUGUCCGGGGAUGAUCAAACGCAACGAGACAGACAAGCUGCACCUCAUGUUUUCCCUGAUGGACAAAGUUCCCAGCGGGAUCGAGCCAAUGCUGAAAGACCUGGAGGAACAUAUCGUCAGUGCUGGACUAGCAGACAUGGUGGCUGCUGCCGAGACAAUCACAACUGACUCCGAGAAGUACGUGGAGCAGUUGCUGACGUUGUUCAACCGGUUCAGUAAACUGGUGAAGGAGGCGUUUCAGGACGACCCUCGCUUCCUGACAGCCAGAGACAAGGCGUACAAAGCUGUGGUCAAUGAUGCCACCAUCUUCAAACUGGAGCUGCCAAUGAAACAGAAAGGUGUCGGUAUGAAGACUCAGCCGGAGUCAAAGUGUCCAGAGCUGCUGGCAAACUACUGCGACAUGUUGCUGCGGAAAACUCCUCUCAGCAAGAAACUGGGCUCAGAGGAAAUCGAGUUCAAACUCAAAGAAGUGCUCUUAGUGUUGAAGUACGUCCAGAAUAAAGACGUGUUCAUGCGCUACCACAAAGCUCACCUGACCAGACGCCUCAUCCUGGACAUUUCAGCCGACAGUGAGAUCGAGGAGAACAUGGUGGAGUGGCUCAGAGAAGUAGGGAUGCCCGCAGACUAUGUGAAUAAAUUGGCCAGAAUGUUUCAGGACAUCAAGGUGUCAGAAGACCUCAACCAGGUCUUCAAGGAGAUGCACAAACACAACAGGCUGGCACUGCCAGCGGACAGCGUGAACAUUAAGAUCCUGAACGCCGGAGCCUGGUCCCGCAGCAGUGAGAAGGUGUUUGUGUCGCUGCCCACAGAGCUGGAGGACCUGAUCCCUGAGGUGGAGGACUUCUACAAGAGGAACCACAGUGGCCGCAAACUCCACUGGCAUCACCUCAUGUCCAACGGCAUUAUCACCUUUAAAAAUGAAGUGGGCCAGUACGACCUGGAGGUGACGACCUUCCAGCUCGCCGUGUUGUUCGCCUGGAACCAGAGACCCAGAGAGAGAAUCAGCUUUGAGAACCUCAAACUGGCCACAGAGCUGCCGGACGCCGAGCUGCGCCGCACACUCUGGUCCCUCGUCGCCUUCCCCAAACUGAAGAGGCAGGUGUUGUCUUACGAUCCGCCGGUUAAUUCGCCCAAAGACUUCACAGACAGCACACUGUUCUACGUCAACCAGGAGUUCUCCCUCAUCAAGAACUCCAAAGUCCAGAAGCGAGGAAAGAUCAAUCUGAUUGGCCGACUGCAGCUGACCACUGAGCGAAUGAGAGAGGAGGAGAACGAAGGAAUCGUUCAGCUCAGAAUACUCCGAACUCAGGAGGCCAUCAUCCAAAUCAUGAAGAUGAGGAAGAGGAUCAGCAACGCCCAGCUGCAGACGGAGCUGGUGGAGAUCCUGAAGAACAUGUUUCUGCCGCAGAAGAAGAUGAUCAAGGAGCAGAUCGAGUGGCUCAUCGAACACAAGUACAUAAAGAGGGAGGAGGCCGACAUCAACACCUUCCUCUACAUGGCUUAGGCGGCGAUGGAGUCUGUGCUUCAGGAUCUGUUUUUUAACUCGUGGCCUGCGACCGGCGCUUUAAAAACCUGCAAGAAGAGGGGGGGGGGGGCGUGUUUGAAGAAGAGGAGAGGGGCGAUGAUGAGGACGGAGUGUGUUGAAGGACAAGACUGAGCGUUUUUAUGUUCGUGAGAUGCCAAACGUGUCAUCGGGAGUUAUUUUAAAGCGUAGUGUUGUGUCAUCAGGCUGCGUGUGUCUUUGCCGCCCUCUAGUGUCCGAUCAGAGGAGAAGGAUGACGCUGGGCGCCGUCUGCCGGGACUUCAGAAGAAAAUAAAUAUCGAGACAUUUAAAUGAAGUACUUCCUGCCUUACUUUCAUCAGCAGCCGACUGCAGAGGAAGAGGAGGAGCAGUGAGGAGGACACGCUGAUAUCAAUCCUUUGCUUUCACUUGAUGCCACCGCUGUCGUCUCAGCGGCAGCCAUUUUGCAUCCCUCCUAUUAUCUACGUUGGUCUUAUUUUUGAACGGGGAAGCGACGCGCUGCAAGUGAAAGCUACUUUUGAGGAGGAGUGGACACAGACUAGUUCCAACUACCGAGGAGUAUUUUGCCAAAUGGUGUGUGUUUGUGUGCGUGUGUGUGUGUGUGUCUGUACGUUUGGGGUUCGGGUGCAUGGUGUGUCUUUUUAAAUGUGUAUGUGUGUGCACUUUCAACAGCAUGCUGCUCUAUGACGUUUGUUUUUUGUUUUUUUUGUUCAGUGGAGGAUCCGUCACACUUGAGAAAAAUUAUGACAAGCUGCCGUUAAAACGCAGUUAUUAAGUUUUCCUUUCUGUUCGUUAACGAAAUCAGGUUAAGUUGAUCAGCAGAUAACACCCGAGUGUGUGUGUGUGUGUGUGUGUGUGUGUGUGUGUGUGUGUGUGUGUGUGUGUGCGUGUGCGUGUGUGUGUGUGUGUGUGUGUGUGUGCAGGACAAUUAUCAAACUGCAAACUAUUUAUUUUGUGUGUAAAAAAAACAACCUGUGAGAUUAAAAACCAGCUGAAUGAAUCAAAGAUGGACGUUACUAAAAUUGUCACCAGGUGCUUCUUGUUUUUAACGUACUAAAAAUAGAAACACACGCGAUCGAAGGUUAUGAAUGUUGUUCUUUGGAAAAUCAGUUCAAGUCCCUGAUGCUUAGAUUAUAUGUUAAAAAAGGAUUUGGUUCAGACUUUUAAAAGCUUUCUCGAUUUUAUUCUGUACGUAGGUUCGGCUGAAGAUGAUUGACGCCUCACACGUGUGAUUUGCGGAGGAUAGAAGAGAGAGAAUAAAAUCAAGAUAAAGUUUAAAAAGAGCCUCAACCUGAAUUCUUGAAGAGUUUUAAUUUCAAUAUAAUACAUUCAAUAUUUAACGAACAUAAAAGUUACACUCUGACGCUGCAGGAUCUCUGAAGUUAUGACUCAUCUCACUCCAACAGAGUUUUACUCUUAAUCCUUGAUUUUUUAGUUUUACCAUUUAAAAAGAAAAUAUAAUUUUUGGGUGAUUUAGAACAUUUGAAACAUUGCUGAUGAAAUAGAUCUGACCACAAAUCCCUCAGAGUCGUGGAAAGUUUGGGUGGCUGUUGGAAACUUCAGCUUUAUUGUGACAAAUCACCUUCUGGAUAUUUUUGCUGCAGGAGCAUCAUUUAUUUUUAAUCUUAUUUAAGAUUAAAUUUAGUUUUUCUCAUGUUCUGAUCUAGAUCGCUGCAUUUUUUAAGAACAUUUCAUAUAUUUCCAGUUUUAGAGAUUAAUGGCCGCGGUGACUCUCUGAUCUUUUCUGUGUCCGUUCAGUGAGAUAGGAAAGAGAAACGCUGCUGAGUGAAAACAGCGUCAUCAGUUGUGUUGAUGUCUGAGGUCAACUGUCAAAACUCAACAUUUCAAUCACGAGGAAACGAUCAUUUAAAAUCUUGUUUUCGCUUCAGUUUAAAAAAAUUUUUUCUGUGAGCUUUUGUUGUUGUUCUGCUCAGAUUCUGGAUUUCCUCUUAAACUUGAUCAUGAAAUCUGUGAGCAGGAAUAGUGAGUGU